AUCAAAGGCAUAAAAUGUGUUUUGUUUAAAGUAGCACUGAUGAAGAAAAUGAUAUUUCGUUAGAGUUUAAUCUUCCUGUAUUCGAGUGGACUCGUCGAACUUGUUACAAAACACAAAACAUGGCGGCCGCAUUGCGAAGGUUGUACGGAGUUUCUCGUCUUGUAAUGACGAAUUCUCAGUCAUGGUUACUUACCAUGAGAGCGCCACCAGCAGCUUCCAUGGUCCGACCAUACACCUCAGGGAAAGACUCCUCAAAACCUCCAUCAAACCCCCCUAUGGACAGACUGGACAUAGUCAUGUCCAUGGAACCUGCUAUACCGACAUAUGCCCCCAAGCAGAACGAACCAUUUGAAACCAGGAGGGCCAGGCUGUUAUACCAGAGCAGGAAGAGGGGCAUGCUAGAAAACGGACUCUUAUUUAGUACGUUUGCAGACCGCUACCUCAACAAAUUUGAUGAACAACAGCUGAAGCUUUAUGAUCGUCUGAUAAAUGAGCCAAGCAAUGACUGGGAGAUCUACUACUGGGUCACAGGAGUGAAGCCCACCCCUGAGGAGUACAACAAUGAGGUGAUGGACAUGUUAAAACAACACGCCCAGAACAAGAACAUGGAGCAGAGAUUCAGGCAGCCUGACCUCAAGGAACCAUGACACACUCAGACUGGUUCUAUUGGCUAACAGAAUUGUGGAAGUUAGAGAGGACUUGACAAGCCAUAAGCAACCUGAAAUGUUACUUUUUUGUAGUUUUUCUGGAGACCAAGAAGUUUAAGCAGGAAAGAGGGACAGUCUUCAAAUACUGUCUAUUAUGCAAACUCCAGUAUUGUGCAAACUCCAGCACUUAUUUUUGACUUGGUAUUUCUGUCAUCUCUGUAAUGUCAACAAGUGAUAAGACCAUUGUUCAUCAAAAAACUAUUUCAGACUUGGAGUAUAUGUGGGUGACAAGAAAUAUUCUGAUAAUGCAUCCUGUUUGUACUUUACCACACAAUUAAUGCAAAUCAAUGCAUAUGAAACAAGAAAAAUACUCUAAUCAGAGCUACAAACAA